GACUGAUUUUUUCCCCCUGCCCAGUCGUGGACCCCUCUGAUUGGCCAGAUGUGGACUCGCAGCCUCUGAGCAUCGAGGACUCGUGGAGGCUGCGUGUUGCGUCUGCUCAGGCGUUCUGCAUCGUGAAGAACAGGGACAUGGAGCACUUUGAGAGAGUGCUGAAGUUUCUGGAAGCCACGCACAGACUUCUACCCAGACUGGUGGCUCCCAUCAAACACAUGAAGAUCGUGUUUGGACUUAAGACCCUGGUCAUCAUGUGGAUGCUCAGACAGCGUCGAGGGAUGAUUGACACUAUGUUUAAAAUCACCCAGUUCUUCCCAAAUAAACUCCCUCAAUAUCAGGAUCAGUGUAACCAACACGAGAUGUUCCUCAUGAGGAAGAACAAUCUGGACUUCAAGGUUCUAGCUCAGGCUCUGGUGAUGGACAAGGACAAACUGGAAUAUUAUGUCCAGAAACGGAUGGAGCAGCACUACGGGGAACAUUAUGCUCAGAGAGUCGAGGACAGGCUGCUGCAAUAUCUGCAGGAGCUGGAGGCUGCGUUACCUGGAGACACUUUCAUCGACAAGAUCCUGAAGAAGGAAAGUCCUGUUACUGACGAGGAGAAGCUGCUGCUGGAUGUAAUUACAUCCGACUCCACGACCAUAGCGAUGACUCUGAGGAAGCUGCUGCACUGUGAUGCAGCUUCCUGUCGUCCAGCUGUGGUUUCUCAGGCGUCAGAACACGGAGCGACUGAAGUGGAAAACUCUGGACUCACAAAGUCUGUUGUGUGCCGCAGCUCCUCAAACACUCGUCUCUCGUCAGUAGAAGAUAAAACUCCCCACGAGUUCCAGCCUGAGGUUUUAGAACGAGGAGAUGUGGCAGCACAGGAAGUGUCUGUAGAGACUCACAAUCAUCCAGAUGUUGGGAGACGUCUACAAACAAAGGAGGAGGAUGAGAUAAUAAAUAGAGCGGAGGAAACCGGUCUGAGAGCAAGUGAAGCUGCUUCGUCUCCUCAGUUCUGCUCCAAACACCAGCGCUGGGUGAAGAGCAUCCUGCAGGAGUGUCCUGACGAGUGUUCAGAGGAGCUGCAGCUUCAGGCCAACGUCUCCUCAUCUCCGCUGCUGUUCCAGUCGUCCUCCUCCACCUCUUCCUCACAGGACCUCACCCCAUCUGACCUCAUCCCGUGUCCCCCCGACCGACAGCUCACUCCUUCACAGACCGCCACCCGUCCUCCGACAGCAUUGGAACAGGGAGACGUCACAGACGAGCGGCGCUCUGGAUCAGCUAGUGAUGGAUCUCUGCAGCAGCGCUCCUCCAGAGACGCUCCUCUGUCCUCUGCGUUGUCCCCGGUCGUCAGACUGAUGGACGUCACCUCUGUCAGAGGGAGCUGUCCCUUCCUCAAACCCCAUCAUGCCUCUCCAAAUACUUUCAUGUCCCGAAACAAGCAGGCAGCUUCCACUCCUCAUUCUCCUCAAGACCCUGGAAGUUCUGUCCCGACAAAUAUUACAAACACAACAAACAGAUCACAAACGUCCCCUCUGUCUCACGAUGCUUCUACAUUUUCCUGCUGUCGAAAACCAACUCCACAGACGUCUUCCAGACGAGCUGCAGCGGCCUCCAGACGAGCACAGACUCUGGAUGUAGCCGAGCAGUUCAAACAGGCUCCAGCUUCACAUCUGCUCUCGUCCCACCACAGUGUCUCUUCGUCUUCUGCACAUGAGUCCUCUGCCUCUCAAUCUGAGGCUCUGUCCUCAAACAGAAACCCUUCGUCUCCCAGAUCAUUUCGACAGAACGACAGUCCUCUUCUAUCUCAGACUGACCCACGCACCUCCUCCACCUCCUCCACCUCCUCCACCUCCUCCACCUCCAACACUGAUCAUCUCCCAGUCAGGUCUGAGGCCUCCAGCGCCCAGCUGAGGUUAUCUCUGCGGAGUCAGGCCGUGCUGCUGCAGUCGGCUCUGCUGCAGCCGUACGUGAGCCUGACCAGGCUGAGCGCUCGGGAGAGUCAGCGGCCGACCAGGAGCAGACGUGUGGAGUCCGAGUCACUAGAUCCUGAUUCCUCUUUUGACUUGAACAUUCUUUAUUCCAGUCAUUCUUCCAGCGGUGACUGCGACGAUUCGCUCGACUCUGACCCCGACUACAAACCUCCCACUGAACGGAGAAGACGAGUCUCAGAGUACGAUGCUGCAGAAACCCUGAAUCAUUCUGACUGAUGGUGGAAUCAACACUGGAAUCGAAAUGUUGAUGUUACGUGUUUGAAAAAUCUCAUGUUACCAAUGGAGACAUUUGACUUUGUAAAACUCGACUCCUCAAGGCCCCCUGGUGGACAAACUGUGCAAUGUUCGACUGUUUACCUCAAACGUAACUUAUUAACUGAAAAACACAACAAAUCAAUUAAUAAACUGAUAUUGUCUGAUAUAUCCACUUGAUUGAUCAAACGUCUUGUUACAUCUGCUACGAUUUUCACGUAGAGACGAUGACGAUAUUGGGGAAUUAAAAAUCCGACUCAAAAUAAAAAAAACAACAAAGAAAUGUGACGAAGGUUUGAGAUUUAGAGUUCACACUUUAACCACUGACUUUAUUAUAAAUUACUAGAAAUAAAAAGAAAACACACCAAUUAUACAGAUUUAUUUAAAGUAAGAAAAUAUGUCUUUCUUAAAGAAAGUGCAGGACCAACCUGAGUCCACUCGCCUGCUUCCUCUUGCAGACAUUGACCUGUUCCCCAGGGACCGCCCACUCCAAUUCACGUCUGCGUUCUUUGGCCAAUCGCGUGCCUGCUGUUCCGAGUCGGUCAGUCAGUGGUUAGUCGGCGCGGUGUGAUGGGCCGUCCGAUGGCACGACACAACACCACGCUGUAAACAAGGCUGGUUUAGACGUGAAUCACGGGGGGGGGUCAGCGCAGAGGUCAGCAGAUCCUCCUCUGUUUGCUCAUGUGUGUUGACACAGGGCUGAUGGAGGCGGGUCCAGUCUCUGCUGGAGGUGAAGUAGGGACACUGCUUUGUGGCUUUUGGCCCGAGGAUUGAUUGUGAAAUAUUUAUAGACGUAAAAGUUUGAAAAGUUGUAACGAACUUUACUGAACAGAAACUUCAGCACAAACCGUUAAAUAUAAAAGAUCCUGGAUACAAACGCCGCCGUCUCACGCUUCAGACGUCUUCUGGAGUCGCUCUGUGCGGCAGCGAUUGGUGGACGGAGCCUGUGUGCGGAGGUCCCGACCAAUCACGAAUCAGUCUCAGCUGUCAAUCACAACAUUCUUAUAUCAUCAGAAAGCUAAACUUUUUUCCGGAGAUGGUUUCUGUAACUUCAGGCGUGAGGCGUCUCUUCAUGCUGAUGUUUGUCCCAAGUUCGGUUUGAAUUCCUGUGUGUGUUUGUGUGUUUGAUGCUGUGAAGACACGGUGACACGUCAUGACGGAGACUUAGUUCAUGAACAUGGAGAUUCUUAAACACGAGGUGAAAUUCAAACAGUUUCAACUCGAGACCAUUAAAGGACUUUUCACUCCAAGUUCACUUUUAGUCGCACGUUUAAAAAAGAAAAAAGUUUUCAGAACCAAGAAAAGAGUUAUUGAUGAAUUCCUCCUCCUCCUCCAACGAUCAUGUUGUUCUUGUGUUUUGUUUGUGCUCCGGUGUCGUCACCACCAGGACCAAAUGACCGAGGCUCUUGGCAAAGUGAUGCAGCGCUGGUUUAAUGGUGGAGUGCAAAGUGCAGUGUGUGGACUAAACUGUGUGUGUUGAGUUGUUGCAUAAGAAGAAGUCGUGAUCAAAACUGGAAAACAAACUAAAUCAGAAUUGAAAUAAUGACGUU